AGCGGGCUUCAGUCACUCAGUCAGUUUGUCGGUAUGUAGCAGCGGCGGAGCUUCACACUGGGAUUACAAAGAGUGGAAAAACGCUCCACGGACACGGAACACCAGCAGCGGGAUUAAAAACCGAGCCACCCGGGAUGAGACACACGCCACGCGCUUGAAGGAGGACCACAAACGCGCCGCUUCCCCGCUCAUUUAGCACCGUUUUUCCACGAAAAUGGCGAACGAGUCUCCGGCGAAAAGUCUCGGGGAGAUAGACCUAGCAUCCCUGCGGGAUCCUGCGGGGAUUUUCGAGUUAGUGGAAGUGGUCGGAAAUGGAACCUAUGGACAAGUGUACAAGGGUCGACAUGUCAAGACGGGACAGUUGGCGGCCAUCAAGGUCAUGGACGUCACAGAGGAUGAAGAGGAGGAAAUCAAGCUGGAAAUCAACAUGCUGAAGAAAUACUCUCACCACAGAAACAUAGCCACAUACUAUGGAGCCUUCAUCAAAAAGAGUCCACCGGGCCACGACGACCAGCUGUGGCUGGUGAUGGAGUUCUGUGGCGCCGGUUCCAUCACAGAUCUGGUGAAGAACACCAAAGGGAACACGCUGAAGGAAGACUGGAUCGCCUACAUCUCCAGAGAAAUCCUACGAGGAUUAGCUCACCUUCACGCUCAUCACGUCAUCCAUCGUGACAUUAAAGGACAGAACGUGCUGCUGACUGAAAACGCUGAGGUCAAACUCGUGGACUUUGGCGUGAGCGCUCAGCUCGACCGGACAGUCGGUCGCAGGAACACCUUCAUCGGGACGCCGUAUUGGAUGGCUCCAGAGGUCAUCGCCUGUGACGAAAACCCUGACGCGACCUACGACUACAGGAGUGAUCUGUGGUCCUGUGGAAUCACUGCUAUAGAAAUGGCUGAAGGAGCUCCUCCUCUGUGUGACAUGCAUCCAAUGAGAGCUCUCUUCCUCAUCCCCAGAAACCCUCCUCCACGACUCAAGUCCAAAAAAUGGUCAAAGAAGUUCUUCAGCUUCAUCGAGGGCUGCCUGGUGAAGAACUACACACAGCGUCCUCCCACCGAGCAGUUGCUCAAACACCCGUUCAUCCGAGACCAGCCCAAUGAGAGGCAGGUCCGCAUCCAGCUCAAAGACCACAUCGACCGCACCAAGAAGAAGAGGGGGGAGAAGGAUGAGACCGAGUAUGAAUACAGUGGCAGUGAAGAAGAGGAGGAGGAGGCAUCGGAGCAGGAAGGAGAACCAAGCUCCAUCGUUAACGUCCCCGGGGAGUCUACGCUGCGCCGCGACUUCAUCCGACUGCAGCAGGAGAACAAGGAGCGCUCGGAGGCGCUGCGGCGCCAGCAGCUCCUGCAGGAGCAGCAACUCCGCGAGCAGGAGGAGUACAAGCGCCAACUACUAGCCGAGAGGCAGAAACGUAUCGAGCAGCAGAAGGAGCAGAGGAGGCGACUGGAGGAGCAACAACGGCGUGAGCGUGAGAUGAGGAGGCAGCAGGAGCGCGAGCAGCGCCGGCGUGAGCAGGAGGAGAAGAGACGCGUGGAGGAGAUGGAGCGGCGCCGCAAAGAGGAGGAGGAGCGAAGGAGGGCGGAGGAGGAGAAGAGGAGGGCUGACCGAGAACAGGAGUACAUCCGUCGUCAGUUGGAGGAGGAGCAGAGACACCUGGAGAUCCUGCAGCAGCAGCUGCUGCAUGAACAGGCCAUGCUGCUGGAGUACAAAUGGCGGGAGCUGGAGGAGCAGCGUCAGGCACAGAAGCUGCAGAGGCAGCUGCAGCAGGAGCAGGCCUACCUGCUGUCCCUGCAGCACCACCAGAACCUGGACGGUAGCAAAACAGCCGCCCAGCAACAGGGCGCCAAACCCCCACAGAACCCUGAACUGGAUUCACGAGUAAAUCCACCGCAGAGUCCUGGUCUGGACACAAAAACAACAACAACAACAAAAGACUCUGAGAAGACACUGUCCAGUGAGAGAAGUGCACACGCCACCACCCUACCUGUCGCUGACCGCCAAGGCCCCGCCCCCCAAGGCUCCGCCCCCGACUCUGAGUCCGUCAGAGAGGCGGACGAGCGGUACCGUAAGAACAUCCAGGGCUCCCCUCAGGCGGCUCAGACCAAACCGCAGCAGCCGCCGGUGCCGCCACGCUCCGAGUCGUCCUACCCCAACGGGAACCCGGCGUCUGAGGCGCCGCCCAUGCACCGUCCUGCAGAUCCACAGGUCCGCCCCCAUGUGGCUGCUCUAAAGAGCAGCGGCGGCGGCAACAUGGCGUCACACUCGCCGCCCGUUGUGUUGCGGUCGCACUCCUUCACCGAGCCCCAAGUCGCCCCUAGCUUUGAAAAUCAACACCUCCGCAACGGCCAGGAAAAGCACUAUCACCAUUCAGCUUCAUCACCAUCCUUCUUCUCCUCCUCACCAUCAUCACCAUCAUCACCAUCAUCAUCAUCAUCAUCAGUGUCUGCACGCACUGAGCCACAACCCCAGGCGAGACCUUCGCCCCAGGAAAAGGCUCCCUCAGCCGAGGUCCCACCCCGGGUUCCCGUCAGGACUACGUCAAGGUCCCCCGUGUUGCCGAGGCGUGAUUCGCCUCAUCACCACGGCAACACGCCACAGAGCGGCCAUGCUGUUCAUCGCAGUGCCCCCAGUGCGGCAGAGCCGCGGCUGCUGUGGGAGCGCGUGGAGAAACUGGUUCCCCGAGCGGCCAGUCACAGCGGCAGCGAAGGCUCCAGUUCCUCCAGCAGCUCCAGUAACUCCAGCUCUCAGGCCGGCUCCCACUGCGGCUCUGGAGAGCGGUUCAGAGCCCGCUCUUCCUCCAAAUCGGAGGGCUCGCCCCUCCAGCGGAAAGAGAACGCUGGGAAAAAAUCAGAAGAAAAGAGGGACGCGGUCAGGCCGGGCAAACCAGCGGACUUGACGGCUCUGGCGAAGGAGCUGCGCGCAGUGGACGACGUUCGCCCGCAGAACAAAGUGACGGAUUAUUCGUCCUCCAGUGAUGACUCUGACACCACGGAUGAAGACGACGAUGAGGAGGUCGACCAGGAGGCAGGGGAAGAGUCCACUUCUGGUCCGGAGGACAGCAAAGCUGUCUCGUCCAAGCUGAGCAACGGAGAGACAGAGUCGGUGAAAACCAUGAUCGUUCACGAUGAAGGCGAGAGUGACGCGGGGUCGACGCCCUGUAAAGACAGCACUCUGAUCGUCAGACAGAGUGCAGGUGAUAACAGAAAGCGUCCGGGUCCUGGUCCUGGUCCUGGUCCUGGCCCGGGACAAACACAGACCACUGGUCUGCUUAUAGGCUUUGCCCCGAGCCCCAGCUCGGGGUCGAGCCCGGCUCUCGGCCAGCACACCCCCAGCCCCCACCAUCAUCAUCAUCACCACCACCACCAACACAACCCCACACAGCACGCGGACAGGAACGGCUUUGCCGGCCGCGUCCACCACCACCACCACCUCCCAGACCUGAUCCAGCAGAGCCACCAUUCCACCCCCUCCUCCUCUGCAUCAAACUCCCCCUCCUCCUCCUCCAGCCUCGCCAGCCCCUCCUCCAUGUCCCCACAGAGUCCUCUGGACAAGCUCGCCCUACUCAUAGAGAGUCAGUCCAGUAACAACAUGCAGAAACACAAGUCCUCGUCCUCCUUCACGCCGUUCAUCGACCCACGUCUCCUCCAGGUGUCUCCGUCCACUGGCAGCGCCCUCAACAAUGUCGCCCCCCCCUUUGACCUUUCAGGCUACGCCAACGACGCCCGGCUGGCGGAGGCGCUGAGGGCCGACCCGUCUCGGAAAGGCUCGGUGGUCAACGUUAACCCGGUCAACACUCGCCCGCAGAGUGACACGCCGGAGAUCCGCAAAUACAAGAAGAGGUUUAACUCUGAGAUCCUGUGUGCUGCCCUCUGGGGUGUGAACCUGCUGGUGGGAACAGAGAGUGGUCUGAUGCUGCUCGAUCGCAGCGGUCAGGGAAAAGUUUAUCCUCUGAUCAGCCGACGGCGCUUCCAACAGAUGGACGUCCUGGAGGGACUCAAUGUCCUGGUCACUAUAUCAGGUAAGAAGAACAAGCUGCGUGUUUACUACCUGUCCUGGCUCAGGAACAAGAUCCUACACAACGACCCCGAGGUGGAGAAGAAACAGGGUUGGACCACGGUGGGAGACCUGGAGGGCUGCGUCCACUACAACGUCGUGAAAUACGAGAGGAUCAAGUUCCUGGUUCUGGCCCUGAAGAACUCGGUGGAGGUUUACGCCUGGGCACCGAAGCCGUAUCACAAGUUCAUGGCCUUUAAGUCUUUCGGGGACCUGGUGCACAGACCUUUACUGGUGGACCUGACCGUGGAGGAGGGUCAGAGGUUAAAGGUCAUCUACGGCUCGUGCUCGGGCUUCCACGCCGUGGACGUCGACUCGGGCGCCGUCUACGACAUCUACCUGCCCACUCACAUCCAGACGAGCAUUCAGCCGCACGCCAUCAUCAUCCUCCCCAACACGGACGGCAUCGAGCUGCUCGUCUGCUACGAGGACGAGGGCGUUUACGUCAACACGUACGGACGCAUCACCAAAGACGUGGUGCUGCAGUGGGGGGAGAUGCCCACCUCAGUCGCCUACAUCCGCUCCAACCAGAUCAUGGGCUGGGGGGAAAAGGCCAUCGAGAUCCGCUCUGUGGAGACGGGACAUCUGGACGGAGUCUUCAUGCACAAGAGAGCGCAGAGACUCAAGUUCCUCUGUGAAAGAAAUGACAAGGUUUUCUUCGCCUCGGUUCGCUCCGGAGGCUCCAGCCAGGUUUACUUCAUGACUCUGGGCCGAAGCAACCUGCUCAGCUGGUAGACGUCCACGCCCUCUUCCUCCUCCUCCUCCUCAUCGUCCUCCACCCUCGCUAACACUGGAUCCCCCAGAAUCCCCACCGUCGACGUCUUCUCGACCAAAAAAAGAGAGCAACAGCCUUUUUCAGAACCUCCUCCUCCUCCUCCUUCUUCUUCUUCUUCUUCUUCUUCUUCAAAGCAGACGACGACGACGAAUCGACGGCUCCGCCUCCUCCACGUGGAGCUGCUGCUGCGUUCUGCGUAUACGUUUAAAAUCAGCGAUUAAUCAAUAAAUAUAUGAAAGGAAGUUAAAAAAAAUCAAUGUGAAUGACGAGGGUUUGUUCCCCUCUGGUUUUUUCUCGGUGCUCAUCAUGGGAUGGAUUUUUGUACCUCUGCGUUCUUUUUUUCGCCCCCCGGUCAGUAAAUUUGAGGCUAGUACAACUAUUACUGCUACUGCGACGACAACGACGACCACUGCCCUCUGCAGGCCGGCCUCUGCUUCCUCCUCUGCUCUCAGCGCGAUUUACUUCUCGCGUAAGAGGGCGGAGUCUGUCGCGUUAGCGCUACAGUUGUGGGCGUAAACUUCUGUUUGGUCCGAUCACGGGACGAGAGAAGCGGUAAAAACGUCGGGUUUUUUCCGUGACGUAGGUUUUACUGUAAGUUCAAUUGAUUCAAGCGGAGGAAGUCGCGUUUGUGCGUGAACGUAAAAAAAUUGUCGGAUUGACGGAGAGAGAGAUGGAGAGAGAGAGAGAGAGAGAGAGAGAGAGAUGUGGAAGCUGAUAGUAUUUUUCAAAUUAUAAAACUAUUGUUAUUAUUAUUCCUUGACAAUAAGUGUAACUCUGUGUCUUUUUUUUUUUACACUCCACGGUCGUCCACGGUUUGCUUGCUUCUGACUCUGAGCCCAGACUCGAGUGUGAGGUGUUUGUGUAGAAGAAGAAAGUGACGUGGGGUCAGGUGUGGUCCAAAAAAAAAAAAAGAUUAAAAUAUAUGAAUAAAAUAACUAAAAACAUGUAUAUAAACAAUAAUAAGAAUUAAUUUAAGCUUCCAGAUAGCGUUGGUGGUCGUGUUUUUCCCCUCACUGGCGAGCUUAACCUCCUCUCCUGUAGGGGGCGGUAACUCCGGGCUGUGAAAUAGUCGGAUAUGGAAAUAAAAGAGGGUUCGGUGUCGGACGAGUUGUUGCGCGGAGGCUUCCGGUCGCUCUUAACUUCCACGUCAUGGUUUUCCCGAUCACGUUGUUUAUUUGCAGCCGCGGCGACCGCGCGACUCAAGUGUCACGAAUGUAGAAAAAGACGAUAUAACUGUGUGAUGGUCCAAGGCAUGAGACGAUGUGUUUGCUUUUGUAAACGUUUGUCGCGAGUGGUCGAUUCCUUAGGUGUUCAAAUUAUUUGAGUUUUUUUUGUGAGACCAGCGGCGGCAGGUGUAGAUAUUUACCCGGUGAUGUGGGCGGGGGCAGGGUCAGGGUGGGCGGGGUUUUUGAUUUUCUGCAACCUUCUUUUUUUUUUUUUUUUUCUGCAGCUGAGAAUCAGUGAUGAAGCGAAACUAAAGGACACCACGUUAAAUCUGAACACUCUGGAUUUCUGUGUUUCUGUCAUAAAAACAGAAAAUUCAACUUCCUCCUCCAGCUGUUUUAUUUAAGUUGUUUGUAUAUGUGAAAGACUGACUCCUUCGUUGCUCCAUGAGCCGCAGUUUUCCUCCGUUUCCAUGACGAUUGCACAUUGUUCACUGAAAGAGACGCGAGUCUUGUUUUGAUGCUUCAGAGAAACUCUGAUCGGAGCCAAUUCUCCAAAAAUGUGGUUGUUCAUUUCGGGGUCGACCGAUGGUUGGAUUUUACCGAUCGUCUGUAUCUGCGUUUUAAUUUUAACGGUAAACUACCUUGACCUAAAAUUUGGUUAUUUUUCCAGCUUUAACACACGUGUUUUUGGCGAAGCUGGUGAAGUAAAUUGCUGAACUUUAUUCGUUUGCUCGAGAUAAUUUGAAGUAAAUCGUCGUUUGGUCCACGUCAAACUUUUUAAACCUCCACAAACAAACGUCAAAACAUCAGACACGCCUCCUGUUUUCGGUCCAAAGUCGUCCUGUUCUACCAUUUCACUUUUAGAACCUUAAAAGUCCGACCACGCGACAACAGAUACUUCUUUAGCUAAGCUAUUAGCAUGAGUUUUGGUGGUAUUUUCUUGCAGAUAUGUCAAGAAAAAAACAUGUUAUUAAGUAAUUAGAAAGUUUGCUGCUACUGUGGCUUUAACUCUGACAACAACAUGGAAUCUCAAUUUAAUUUUAUUUAUCACAACAUACAUUAUCUCAAUAACAGUUUACGUUUUUUAUUAUUGAUAAAUCUCCUCGUCUGAAGCUAAGUCCGCCUAAAGUCGUUCGUAGUUCCAACUCUGAAUCUCGGAGGAGCCUCACGUACCAUGAAGAUCGUGUUAACGUAGUUGUUUCACAGUAAAUGCAGUCGUACACAGAAGCGCGAUGUGAUUCCUAACCGUAGACAUGUUGCUACGCUGUUUGUGUGCGCAAAAAUACCACGUAGAAUGCUGUUAUUGACUGACAUUGCUAACAAUUGCUAGCCCAGGACUUUUGCGAUCAAGUAAAUCUAUCGUACAUUAAGUACCGUCUAAUUUUCAUCCGUGGUAUGUGUUACUACACUGUCUGUGUUCGCAAAAUACCACGUAGAACUUUGUUAAGGACUGCUAUUGCUAACGAGGGCUAGCCCGAGAUACAGCACUCCCAGGUAUGACUAUAAAGUAGGGGGGAGGAGUCUGGGGACAACGAGCCUUGUGCUGAUUGGACUAGAGGGUUGAAGAAAGAGUGGACUAAGAAAGUCAAUGACAAAAUGUGUGUGCAGUAGCUGGUGUUUGACCAGAGAGGGCAGUAGAUGCAUCGAUUAUUAUAGCAACACGUACAUUUUCAACUCUUGACUCUAAACUGUGAAGGUUAGCUUCUGAAUCCUGAAUCGCUUUUUACUGUAAUCGCAUAUCAAUUACAAAUUUCCGUUAUCGGCAUCGAUAUCGGCCCCGAAACCCCAAUAUCGGUCGACCCCUUUCAUUAAUGAGCUUAAGCGUUACGUCCAUAUGGGACAAAAAAAAUAUCGUCAAAACACGUAAAAACACACGUUGUCAUGAUUAAAAACCACUACUUGGAUUUUUUUGUUUUCUUUUUCUUCAAAAUAAAAUCAAGAAAAAAAAAGAGAAAUGAAUCACUUGAAGAAUUUUAUUGUAUUUUAAAGGUUGUUGUUUUUUUGUUUUUUUUUUAGAUCUAGUCGAAGCCGCUUAACUCUUAGUUCGUGUAAGUCUUCGCAAAUAUGCGACUGCGGUGGUUUUAAUGUUAUUCCGCUCACCGUCGGUGGAGAAAAUGUUUACACUAAUGUGCGUCACAGUAUUUAUGUUUCUUUCUUUUGUGCAUAUUUUCUUUUCUUCUCUUUAGUUUUUGGUCCCCUCCCCCGACUUGAUCGCCUCCGUACAAUAAAGAACACGCGUGUUGUUCAUUUCAGGUAUUUCACCAUCGCAGUGGUGUUAACUCUGUCCCUCUGCUGUUUCUGCCGCGCUUCUCUCUAACUUGUGUCCUCUGUGUGUUUGACAGGAAGUCGUGUAUUUUCCUGAAGGCUUUUUUUUUUUUCCUUUGAAUAAACUUUAAAAGUAAUUUUAAACAGA